AAGAGUAUUCAUAAAGACCAUCUGAAUAGUAAUAAAACCCCGAAGAUGUCAUUUAUUAUUAGAAGACAGUUGUCGACUUUGAUUCCUCCAAAGAUUGCGUCUGCCAAGAACAUUGGCUCUAACCCUAACGCCAAGAGAAUGGCUGAAGUGGUUUCCUUCUACAAGAAGUUGCCAACCGGCCCAGCCCCAGCUCCAAAGGCUUCUCUUACUCCAUGGGGUAAGUACAAGGCUGCUUACUUUGAUGGCGACAACGCUUCCGGUAAGCCAUUGGUUCACUUGGUUCUCGCUGUUGUCAUUUUGGGUUACACUUGGGAAUACCAAUCUCACUUGAAGCACCACAAGGACCACUAAAUGGUAUGUAAAGAAUAAAACGUUAGAAAGAGAA